UGGCUUUUGUAUGGCCGGAUGGGCAAAACUGAAGUAACCCUUAGUUUUCUACCAAACCAGAGGCUCUCUGAAACUAAGGGCUUAACCAGAAUUGUCCGCACUCCGUUUUGAUGCCGGAGAAGCUGUAGAACAGAGCGAGGAGAAUGGGAACUAAAGAGUUCCUGGACGCGCACGGCGAGAAAAUCACUCUGCACCAAGAAGCCCACAGCGUCUCCUGCAGGGAGUUCAGUGUCGUCUGCCCUAAGCUGUCGGUGCGAAGCGUAACGUCGUGCACCUGUGCAGUAUGGCUCGCAGCGUAUGCGAUUUUCGCUUACACGCAGAACACACUUGUUUUGUCUGCUGCAAUAAUUUGCACAAUUUGCGGCCUGCUACUCUACCUCCAUUUCAUGAAGAUUGACCAGGAGUCGUUACUGCUUAUCGGCAGCCUUGGGAUUCAGCUGACCACCUCAUUUGCAUCAGGCAAAGAAAGCACAGUGUUCAUAGAAAUGUGCAGAGUGAAAGAUGUUGUCAUCAAUGAAGCAUUCUUUAUGCAAAAGGUUGUCUACUACCUGUGCAUACUGCUUAAAGAUCCCACUGACCCAAAAGAGAUUUCAGAAAUUGUGCCUGUGUUUCAGAGCUCCAAGCCCCGCAUGGACUGUUUGACAGAUGUUUACAGAAGCUGUCAGGAGAUCUUAUCUGUGAAGAGCCAUAACGUGGCAACUAUGGACUAACCUUGGAUAUUAGAUAUGACAGAAGUUAUUAUUACUGAAAUAGAAUUAUAAUGACAGAAGUCUACAAUGAUAGGAGAUCUGGUUCCAGCUAGUUACUACAACUUGUUGUAGAGUCUUUUUGGAUGCAGGAAAAUCUUGGUGGUACUACCUAGCAUUGGGAUUUCUAAUUAUGGUCUGUCUAGUAUUGUCAAAAGAUACUGUUUUUUUAUAUUUCGUUUUAUUUCGUAUAUUUUAAUUUAGAUAACUCAUGAGAAUCCACUUUUUACUAUUAUAUUUGAAAUUUUUUAAAAAAUCCUGUAGUGAUCAGCAUUUAUCAAAUUUACUAUAUUAGAGGUAAAUCUCAAUUUGCCAAUAUUUGAGAAUAAUACAUGCAGCGCAUAUUCCUCUGCAAAGAUUAUGGGUCAGAGUAAACAAAGGGCAAAAAACACUUUACACAUUUCUCUAAAAUAUACUCCCAAAAUAUACUUGAUUUGUAGUAUUUUCUAACUCUUAGAGGCAGAUGAAAACAAUGAUAAAUUAAAUGUUUUUCAAAAUGUGCGCUUAUUUAUUACAAAGCAUGAAUCUCAGAAACUUGAUUGUGUUUAAAAUAUAAAAAAAGCAAUUCAAAUGCAGCAAAAUCCUAUUUUACCCAUCGUAUUUAAUAAUAUUGCCAGAUUUCAAUCACAAAAAAUCAAAUUGAAAAUAGCUUGAAUUUUGCUAAUAAAACACCCACUGACUCCUUCAUAAACUUUCCAGCUU